AUGCGAUGCGCGAACAAGGCCGCCGAGAGCGCGUCCGCACGUCUCUGUGCGGACGCCGAAGCAGAAACCACAGCAACUGAUGUCUCAUCGGUUGUUGAAGCGACCCAGCCUGUGUCACUUGGUGAUGCAGGCGCUGGUCAUGAAGACACUCGUGUCUUCACAGAGUACGAGCUCGGUGUCUCGUACUCUCCUGAUACGGAAGACGGAUCCGUAUCGACGGCGAUUGAAUCUAAGCCGCCUGCCAAGCGUGGCAUGGACGAUGCUUUGCGUCGCAGCAUCUUUGGUUCAUCUGAUGAAUCAGAUGAACCAUCGCCGAAGCGAAGGCGCUCGAGGUCGCGAGACUCGGGCGCUAAUAGUGGUGUCGGUUCUCCUAUGGACACCACUUCACAGCGAGGUGCCAGUACUUCUGUCGGCACGUCGCAGGAAGAGCGGGGCCGCAAAGUGUUGCGUCUCGCUCCUGAGAAGAAGGCACGGAUGCCCCCUAAAUCCGUCAUGGAUCACUUGUCGGCGACGACGAGUGAUCGUUAUCGAACACGAUUGUUCGAUUCGUCAAGGAUCCAUCACCUUGACCUCAGCGCGAAAAACUAUCGCGCUGAGAAUGAAUUCUUCAUCGAUGCUUUCUUUAGACAUCGAUGGUACAGUGGGAAUCACAAACGUGAUGGUCCCUCACUACUUCAGGCGUGGAACGCCUACAUCCAUAACCUCGAGGAUGUAGGUCGUGACGCUUGGAACGACAAACUUAUCAAAGCUCGUGAUAAGUUUGAAAAGCGAACCCCGACAGGUGCACGCUACAAGCUGCAUCGUCUGUCAAGGGAGAAACGAUUACCCUGCCUCUCUUGGGGAGACUCGUGCCCAUGUUGUGUGAACAACUCUGCACGAGCACCUAAGGAGGCUUACCUCCUUACCAGCCCGUGGUGGCGCGUACGUAUCUCUACUGAGAUGUACGAAGGGAUUGACAACUUGAAAUCCCUUUACGACCGUGCCGGGAAGACUUUCUCUGGCGGUCCUUCUGCGGCACAGGAUGUGCCGCGUCGUACUGCUCAACCAGACCCAGUACGUCGAUCAUUAGUUGGGAACGGGGCUCCCAAGUAUCCCAGGACGGGGGAUAACCGCGCCACCGGACGAAGUAACUCGUCCGACGCCCGUUCACAUCGCGGUGGUUCAACAGCUGCUCAACCAGAUAGAGCUGGCCACCGCGAGAGUCCUCUAAUGAAGCAUGAGCGGGACAGGCGUCUUCAACUGACGGACACUGUCUCGAAGCAUCGAGCUGAGUUUGCCUUUGCUCAGCUUGAGAACGAGAGAGCUUUGACAUCUCUGCGUGACGAGCUAAAGGUAGCUCGUGGGAAUGUUGAUCGGUCUCGGGCUGAGAUAACUGCUCUUCAGACCCUUGUUAAUAUCCACCAUCGGGAGCACAAGGCUCUCUGCAAGAUGCUUGAGCGCAAGGGCGUUCUUCAUCGGAAGAAGCAGCGUACUGAUGGUACGGCUUAA